UCCAACUUUCCACAUUGUUUAGGUGCCAUAGAUGGAAAACAUAUAAGGAUUAUUAUGCCAGAAAAAAGUGGAUCGAUGUACUACAACUAUAAAAACUAUUUUUCUAUAGUGCUGCUUGCUGUAGCAGAUUCAAAUUAUAGAUUUACGUACAUAGACAUUGGAGCGUAUGGAAAAGAAUGUGAUUCUACAAUAUUUAAAGAAUCGUCACUGUGGAAAUUAAUGGAGAAAAACGAAUUACAUAUACCUGAUCCAGAACUGAUAAAUGAAUUACAAGAUCAAGAUUUUCCUUAUGUUUUUUUGGGUGAUGAAGCAUUUGCACUUACAACAAAUUUACUAAGACCUUUCGGUGGCUAUCACUUAACUACAACUAAAAAAGUUUUUAAUUACCGGCUAAGCCGAGCACGGCGAUACGUAGAGUGCGCCUUUGGUAUACUUAGUAAUAAAUGGCGUAUAUUGCAUCGGCCAUUGAAUGUUGCCACAGAUUUUGCUGUUGAUAUUGUCAAAGCUGCUUGUAUUCUACAUAAUAUUAUUCGCGAAAAAGACGGACUUCAUUACGAAGGACACGAAAUCAAUGAAUUACCUGUAAUGGAAUUUGAAGACGCGGUUCAUCAAGCAAACUAUGUACGAGGAGGACGACAUGCCAAUGAAAUUCGAAAUAAGUAUGCUGAAUACUUCGUAAGUGAUGCAGGAUCAGUGCCAUGGCAAAAUUCAAGUAUAUAA